AUGAGAGACUUGAUUGUAUUGGGAGGUUCAUCUCACCCUAAUUUGACUCGAUCGAUCUGUCGAAGCUUGACACUAGAACAGGGUCUCGUGGAUUCUCGUAAAUUUUCCAAUGGUGAAAUAUCAAUUGAAGUUAAAAAUAGUGUUCGAGAAAAAGAUGUAUUUAUUAUUCAAAGUGGAUGUGGACAUGUCAAUGAUAAUUUUUUUGAGCUAUUGAUCACUAUAGCUGCAUGCAAAACUGCAAGUGCUAAAAGGGUGACUGCAGUUUUACCCUUGUUCCCUUAUUCAAGACAACCUGAUAUACCUUAUCUUGCUAAUGCUACUGGGGCUCCAAGUAUCAGUACAAAAAAGGAAGAAUAUACUUUUGAAAGUGCUCCUGCAACUCCAAAUCCAUUGUCCAAAUCAAGCAGCGAAAAAUCAUUUCUUUCUCUGGCGUCGUCGAUAGUAUUGGAAAACAAAGCAGUUGCGGCAACUGGUGUCAACAAUAUUAGUGGCAGUAACAUUGGAAUUAAACUGCCAAUUCCAAAGAAAUAUACACCAAAGUUGAUUACUACGAAUGCUUCAGCAACAAAUUUUCUACCACAAGUUGAUGUUCACGGUAAAACUGAAAGUGGUUACAAACAAUGGAUCUCUCCUAAUGGAACCUUGAUAGCCAAUUUGUUGACUACUGCAGGUGCUGAUAGGGUUAUUACUAUGGAUUUGCACGAUCCACAAUUUCAAGGAUUCUUCAAUAUCCCUGUGGACAAUUUAUAUUCCAAGCCCAUUUUGAAACACUACAUAAUCAAUUUCAUUCCUAAUUACAAAGAUUGUGUGAUUGUUAGUCCUGAUUCAGGUGGGGCCAAAAGAGCAACUGCUAUUGCUGAUUCUUUGGGUUGUCCAUUUGCCUUGAUUCAUAAGGAGAGAAGAGCAAAGAUGCCAAAAAAUCCACCUCUGACAUCCAUGAGUAACAGUCACAGUCACAAUCAUUAUAAUUCUCAACAUAAGCCGACAAUGGUAGCAACUACCAUGUUGGUGGGUGAUGUUGCUGGUAAAGUUUGUGUUUUGGUUGAUGAUUUAGUUGACACUUCGUAUACUAUUACCAGGGCGGCUAAAUUAUUGAAGGAUCAGGGUGCCGAAUAUGUGUAUGCAUUGGUUACUCAUGGUAUUUUCAGUGGUGAUGCCAUAAAUAGAAUCCAACAAAGUGCCAUAGAUAAAUUAGUGGUUACAAAUUCGACGCCGCAAUCAGAGCAUGUGGAAAUACUAGGUGAUAGAAUGGAAGUCUUGGAUGUUAGUAGAGUGUUUGCUGAAGCUAUAAGAAGAAUUAAUAAUGGUGAAAGUGUUAGCAUGUUAUUUGAUCAUGGAUGGUAG